UUUUGAUCAGGCAGCACGGGCACCCGGGACCUGCUGUUUACUCGCGUCAGCUACUUUUAUCUAUUUUGAGUUUCCUCGUCGUUUGGAGGAGACUUUUUUAUUUUUGUAGCUGUAAAAUGAGUCGGAUAUUGCGGUUGAUGUGUGCAGACUGCUGUAAGUCAGGAUUGGAGAGCUGGAGAAGAGGAUACAGCGGAUUUCACUCGAAUUCAGUCAAAGUGUUAAAGUUCAGGAAUUCUUCUUCACAUCGAGCAGAAAUACGAUUAGGACGGGAAGCUUUGUUGCUGUCACAAUCACGUGUUUUCGCCACCAAACCACCGAAAGGAUUUGAGAAGUUUUUUCCAAAGAGAUCGUCCUCAGAAACCGGAGAAAAACCAAGUGGACCCAAGUCCCAAAAGAGCCGAGGUGGAGCAGGAGACGAGGAGAAAAAGGAAGAUGGCAGUUGGUGGUCUCGCAUCUUACGAAGAGACAUCCCAUGGGACGAAAAGAGUUCCUGGAACGUCUUCUUCACAGGAGCUGGGCUGCUGGCGACUUUUCUUUAUUUAUACCUCAGAGAUAAAGGACGAGAGAUCUCCUGGAGGGAUUUCGUUAAUCACUACCUCGCUCGAGGCCUGGUCGAGAGGCUGGAGGUGAUCAAUAAACAGUACGUCAGAGUGAUUCCUGCUCGCGACCUCAACGCAUCAGACGUGAGUCACGUCUGGUUCAAUAUUGGUACCGUGGACACAUUUGAGAGGAAUUUGGAGCAAGCACAACAAGAGCUGGGUUUGGAGCGUUCACACAAGUUGUCGGUCUUGUACAGCACAGAGAAAGAUUGGUCGAUCCUCGCGAUCUUACUCCCAGUCAUCGCAGUCUUCGGUUUGCUCGUAUUCAGCUCGAAACAGUGGAAGCCUGGAGGAUGGCAGCGCAGGAGAGGAAACAACAUCUUCAGGAUGACUGAAUCCAAAGCUAAGAUAGUCAGAGACAGCAUUAAUGUCAGGCUGAAGGACGUUGCUGGCUGCGAAGAGGCCAAGCUGGAGAUUUUGGAGUUUGUGAACUUCCUGAAGAAGCCCAAACAGUACCAGGAACUUGGUGCUAGGAUCCCGCAGGGUGCAGUGUUAUCAGGUCCACCUGGCACUGGAAAGACCCUGCUGGCCAAAGCAACUGCUGGUGAAGCAGGAGUUCCUUUCAUAACAGUCAAUGGCUCAGAGUUUCAGGAGAUGUUCGUCGGAGUUGGAGCAGCCCGGGUGAGGGACACAUUUGCGCUGGCCAGAAGACACGCCCCCUGUAUCCUCUUCAUUGAUGAGAUUGAUGCGAUAGGCAGGAAGAGGGGCCAAGGACACUUCAGCGGGCAGAGCGAGCAGGAGAACACACUUAACCAGCUGCUGGUGGAAAUGGACGGCUUUAACAGCAGCACUAACGUCGUGGUCCUGGCUGCCACGAACCGCGUCGACAUUUUAGAUCCGGCACUUUUGAGACCUGGACGAUUCGACCGGCAUAUUUACAUAGGACCGCCUGAUAUUAAAGGCAGGGCUUCGGUCUUUAAAGUGCACAUGAGGCCACUGAAGCUGGAUUCCAGUUUGACCUCAGAGAAUUUGGCGAGGAAACUGGCUGCUCUCACACCUGGUUUCACAGGAGCCGAUAUCGCAAACGUCUGUAACGAGGCAGCUCUCAUCGCGGCACGGCACCUCGGCCCGGCCGUGACCUCCAGACACUUUGAGCAAGCUGUGGAGCGGGUGAUCGGAGGGCUGGAAAAGAAGACGAGGGUUCUGCAGCCUGCUGAGAAAACCACAGUAGCGUACCACGAGGCCGGUCAUGCUGUCGUAGGCUGGUUCCUGGAGCACGCCGACCCGCUGCUGAAGUUAUCCAUCAUACCUCGAGGUAAAGGUCUGGGCUACGCUCAGUACCAGCCCACGGAGCAGUACCUGUUCACACGCGAGCAGCUCUUUGACAGGAUGUGUGUGAUGCUCGGAGGACGCGUGGCGGAGCAGGUGUUUUUCGGCAAAAUCACUACAGGUGCUCAGGACGACCUGAGAAAAGUCACCCAGUCUGCGUAUGCUCAGAUCAUGCAGUUUGGAAUGAGCGAGUCGGUGGGUCAGAUGGUGUUCGAUGUGCCGCAGCAGGGCGAGCUGGUGUUGGAGAAACCUUACAGCGAGGCCACAGCCGAACUCAUAGAUGAGGAAGUGCGCUCUCUCAUCAGCAAGGCCUUCGAGAGAACGCACCAACUCGUCACCGAGAAACGAGAGCUGGUGGAGAAGGUGGGGAAGCGUCUUCUGCAGAACGAAGUCCUCGACAAAGCGGACAUGGUGGAACUGUUGGGCCCGAGGGCGUUUGGAGAGAAAUGCACCUAUGAGGAGUUUGUGGAGGGGACCGGCAGCAUUGACGAGGACACUAGUCUACCCGAGGGCCUGAAGGACUGGGACAAGGACGGCGACAAUGCAGCACAAGGAGUUUAUAUACCUGUAGCAUGAACAGUGCUCCAGGGAGCUGGAAAAGACAAAAACGCACGACGGGGCAUGAUCACAGCCGAGCGCAAAGGGCGCAUUCACUUUAAUUCCUUCUUCUGUGUUUGAUUUUCUAUGUUAGGGAGAAGGAAGUGUUUUCUGGACUGAGACGAGGACCCGAGAAGGAGGUCCAAGCUCACACGUCAAAGCAUUAAAGGAGAUGCAGGGACCGGGAUCUUCUCAGACUCGGCACGGGACAUCUUUUACCUUCAUGUGGUCAGAGGUGAAGAUCUCAGAAACACUGAAAGAUGACUAGCUUGACCACCGAAAAUCACACAUGAGAAACCUUCUAUACGUGAACUAACUUCUUGUGAAUUUUCAUACAUAAGUUCGUUCACGCCGAUAACGUUUUUGCACACGUUAGAGUCGUAUGCUAUGGUGUCCACCAGGCGCCUAAAAGCUCCAGUGUUCUUCCCAGUCCCAUGUUUUUGGUUCUGCCAAAAUCUUUUUCCUGGGCGAGUAGCGAGAGUGAUGUAAUAACAUAUCUACUAGCAGUUAUCUAGCUUUGAAUUAAUACAGAUUAAGGGAAAUAAACGUGUUUAUGGUUCUUUUCUUUAAACAGGUUCUAAUGUAGCACAAGAUUUGCGUGAACUUGUUUUUGCUUUACUUAUAACAGAACGUCACUGCUUUGCCAGCACGCACCAGACGUGGUGAUCUACCAUUAUCCAGAUCGCAUUUUUAAGUUUUAUUUACGAGUAGGAAUUUUUUUUUUGUUAGUAACCCAGGUGCAAAAUCACUUCAGAGAGCCUGGCUCCUUUUUUUUUUUUUUUUUUUUUAAACAUGAUUCAGGUCAAAAAGAGUAGGUCAUCAUUACUCCUCAGGAUCCUCUUCAGUAAAGUGAUAAGAUAUUCUGUCUAGCUCAUUUCUCAAUAUAAGUAAUAUACAAUAUAUGUAUAAAAGUAUUUCGAUAAGUGAAUUUUCCAGCCAUAUGUGGUUCCAUCUCAAACUGUUACCACAAACUCAGAGGCACACAAUUGUACAGGAUGACUUUUGGAUGCUUUAGCCUCAAAAUUUGCCUUCACUUGAGCCUGAAAACUGUUCAUGCAUGCUCUUCUGGGAAGAAUGGAGCUCAUUAUAACAGAAAAUGGGGAUUAAAUGUGAAAUAGGAUGUUAAAAAUGCACAUACCAAACUUUUGGUCAGGUGUCCACAAAUUUUUGUUCGUAUAGUGUAUUUUGCUUCUGAUAGCUGCUUACCCUUUUGGUGCUUUUUCUAUUUCAUACAAGUCUCCAAAAUCAGACCAAGUGACCAGCAUCUCCUGAGUGAAAUUUGGCGGACGUUUUUUGCCGCUUUUUUGUGAGAAUCGUGACGUGAAAUCAGAAGCGUCAGGAAAUUAAACACUGGGUUUGUUUUUGAAAAACUGUGUUGUGAUUGGUUGGUAAUUUUUAUUGACAAUUUAGAAUCAGGAUUUAGCCUUUUUAGCCUAACGAUCUCCAUUUUCCUUCAAAUAGCAUUUGUGCAAUACGGUUAUUCUGAAUGUACAAGGCUGCAAUUCGGAUACAAAUCCAUUGCAUAUUGUCAUAAUUGGACAAGACAUGAAUCUUCCUCCGAGUUGCUCUGUUUUCUCCCACCUCCUAGAAAUAUGAUGUUUCAGGAUUGACUGCACUAAAUUUCCUGGUACAAGUGUGUGUGUGUGUGUGUGUGUGUGUGUGUGUGUGUGUGUGUGUUUCAGGGAUGCAAACUUUUGGUCUGGUGGUGUAACAUUUAGGUUGCAUAUUGCAAUAAAAGGUUAUUUAGUUUUGUAAAUAGAUUAAAUACAAAAUAAAAAUUUUUGCACUCGGCCGUAUCCUUCGACAUUUUUGUCGUCUAUUCGUUUAUAGACUUUAUAUCGGAUUUUGCCGAAACACUGAAGUGAAUGCAGAUGUUUUAUUUAGGAGCGGAUUGUGGAACACAGCUUCUCGCUGUUGUGACCUGUUUGUUUGUGCUGUGAUCUACAUACUGUAUUUUUUUUAUUAUUCGUUUUUUUUUUCGAAACAAUGAUGCAUAUUGUACCGAAUAAAAUUUAACAUCCAUUAUGGAGCUCUGCAGCUUCUCUGGAUUAAAACUGAAUCUGGAAAUGA